AUGUCUCAUUCACAAGUAGUGAUCGUGCUCCUGUGUUGUCUACCUUUGGCAGCGUGUUUGCACUGUUACACCUGUGUGUUCCCCUCCAUCUCUCCUCUGGACUGCUUCAAGUUCCCUCAGGAGUGUCCAGCUGGGCAGCGCUGCCUGUCCAGUACCGCCAUGGGAAGACGAGGUGCCCUACAGGUGACGAUGUACGAGAAGAGCUGUGCGGUCCCCUCUCAGUGCGGUGUGAGCGGGCAGAAAUACGCCUCGGGCCUCUACUUCAACUACACCAACGUGUGCUGCGACACAGACCUGUGCAACGCAGCCGAGUCCACUGCUGCCCUCAGCUGGGGGCGAGUCGCUCUCUGCCUGCUGCCUGCACUCUCUCUCCUGCUGGCCUGA